GGACCCAGUCGCACCCCGGGCCGCGUGGGAAGACCCGUUUCCCUGGAUAAGGGUGUUCAGAUGGUCUCAUUCCCAUCACGGAGAUGUCCGGGAAGUCCCAAUCCCACCCAGAGAUGCCUGAGAAGACCCUUCCCCAUCACGGGUGGCCGUGGGGAAGACCUGAUGUCACCCAAGGGUGCCCAGAUAGACUUGCUCCCCUGGGUGGGGGCUUCCAAAAGGACCCGUUCCCGCCGCAGAGAUGUCCACGAGAAUCUAAUGCCACCGUAGAGGUCUCCAGGAAGACCCAGUCCCACCUCAGAGGUGCCCAGGAGGGCCCAGUCCCACCGCAGGGGGGGGGUCCGAGAGCUCCCAUUUCCCUAGAGGAGAGCGUCGAGAAACGGGCGUUCCCAUCGUGAAGGUGCCCAGGAGGUCUCAUCCCAACGUUGGGGCGUCCCGGAGAACUUAGUGCCGCUAACGGGCCUCCGGAAGGAGCCGUGGCCUUGGGUGGGGGUGUCCGGUAAGGCCCAGUCCCAUCACAGAAGCGCCCAGGAGGAGCCGUUGCCACCUUAGGGGAGGCCCGGAGCAACUAAACGUCACCCUGGGGAUGCCCAGGAGAACCCAUUCCCAUCAUAAGGGCGUCCAAGAUUCCCACCAUAGGGUCUUCCGGGAGACCCCGGUACAACCCUAUGUGUGUCCAGGAGUUUGCAGUAGCACCCAAGGGUGCCCGAGAGGUCUCGUAUCCAUCGUGGAUGUGUCUAGGAGAGCCCAAUGCAACCGUAUGGGUGUCUAGAAGAACCCGAGGGAGCCCAGAAGAUCUCAUAGGCAUCACAGGGGCUCCCAGGAGACCCCAACACAACCCUAUAGGUGCCCCAGAGGUCCUGGUGCCACCCAGGGGUGCCUAGAAGAUUUCACAUCCGUCAUAGGGGCUUCCAGGGGCUUCCAGGAGACCCCAGUGCAACCCUACGGGUGCCCCGGCUGACCCAGCACCACCGGGGGCUUCCCAGGAGGCCCCGCCGGCGCCCCGGAGCGCUCCCGCUGCGUCCCACCCCGCAGCCGCCAUGCCGGCGCCCCGCUGCGCCCUUUGCCCGCGCCGGGCCGCCCUCCGGCGCCCCAAGACGGGCCAGGCCCUUUGCCGGCAGUGCUUCGUGUCCGCCUUCGAGGAGGAGACGCAUCGGGCCAUCGUGACGGGCGGCCUCUUCCGACCGGGCGACGCCGUGGCCGUGGCCGCCUCGGGCGGCAAAGACUCCUCCGUCCUCGCCCACCUCCUGGCCCGCCUCGACCGCCGCCACCGCUACGGCCUCCGCCUCGUCCUGCUCUCGGUGGACGAGGGCAUCGCCGGCUACCGGGACGACUCGUUGGACGCCGUGCGCCGGGCCCGCGGGCGCCUGCCGCUCCUCGUGCUCUCCUACGAGGCUCUCUACGGCUGGAGCAUGGACCGCGUCGCCCGCCGCCUCGGCCCCGCCAGCCACUGCACCUUCUGCGGCGUCUUCCGGCGGCAGGCCCUCGACCGCGGCGCCCGCCUCCUCGGCGUCGACAAGAUCGCCACCGGCCACAACGCCGAUGACAUCGCCGAGACGGUGCUGAUGAACUUCCUGCGCGGGGACGUGGCCCGGCUGCGGCGGGCGGCCGCCGAGGCCACCGGGACGGCCACCGAGGCCACCAAGAUGGCCACCGAGGCCACCAAGAUGGCCAGCGAGGCCGUCAAGAUGGCCACCGAGGUGAUAGCUACCACAGGGAUGACCGGGAUGGCUUCAGAGGUGGCCACCGAGGCCACCAAGAUGGCCACCGAGGCCACCAGGAUGGCCACCGAGGUCGUAGCUACCACAGGGACGACCGGGAUGGCUUCAGAGGUGGCCACCGAGGCCACCAAGAUGGCCACCGAGGUCACAGCUACCACAGGGACGGCCGCCGAGGCCACCAAGAUGGCCACCGAGGCCACCAAGAUGGCCACCGAGGUCACAGCUACCACAGGGACGACCGGGAUGGCUUCGGAGGUGGCCACCGAGGCCACCGGGAUGGCCGCUGAGGCCACCAAGAUGGCCACCGAGGCCACCAGGACGGCCACCAAAGCCACGGAGGUGGCCGCUGAGGUCACGGUGGUGGCCACCGGGGUCACGGAGGUGGCCGCCAAGGUCACGGAUGGCGUGGCGACAGCCGGGCCGGACUCGGGGCGGGUCUCUGAGGCCACCAGGACUGUGGGGACGGGCGGGGAGGCCGCGGCGACGGUCACCGGUGUCACGGGGGCCGCGGCGGUGGCUGCCUUGACCCCAGGGGACGCUGCCGCGAGCCCCGGGGUGUCCACGCCGACCAUCAAAGGGGUCGCGGGGUGUAUGGAUGCCACCAGAGGAGCACUUACGGGGACCGUGGCGAAGACCUCGAGAGCUUCGGAGGCUGCCGCAAGGAUCUCAGAGGGCACUGAGGGCCCUACAGAGGCCACCAGGAGCCCUGCGGAGAUGGCGGACUCCAUGGAGGCCACCAGGAGCUCCAUGGAGAAGGCCAAGAGCUCCAUGGAGGCCGCCAAGAGCUCCACAGAGGCCACCAGGAGCCCCAUGAAGACCACCGGGAGCCCCGUGGAGACCACGAACUUCAUGGAGGCCACCAGGAGCUCCAUGGAGACCACCAAGAGCUCCAUGGAGACCGCCAAGAGCUCCACAGAGGCCACCAAGAGCUCCACAGAGGCCACCAGGAGCCCCACGAAGACCACCGGGAGCCCCGUGGAGACCACGAACUUCACGGAGGCCACCAGGAGCUCCAUGGAGACCACCAAGAGCUCCAUGGAGGCCGCCAAGAGCUCCACAGAGGCCACCAAGAGCUCCACAGAGGCCACCAGGAGCCCCAUGAAGACCACCGGGAGCCCCGUGGAGACCACGAACUUCACGGAGGUCACCAGGAGCUCCAUGGAGACCACCAGGAGCUCCAUGGAGACCGCCAAGAGCUCCACAGAGGCCACCAAGAGCUCCACAGAGGCCACCGGGAGCCCCACGAAGAGCACCAGGAGCCCUGUGGAGACCACGAGCUUCACGGAGGCCACCAGGAGCUCCAUGGAGGCCACCAGAAGCUCCACGAAGGCCACCGGCGGCUCCACGAAGGCCACCAGGAGCCCCACGAAGGCCACCAGGAGCCCCACGAAGGUCCCGCGGGUCCCGAGGCCCCCGGCGACGAGCCCGACGGCGGCGCCGUGGCCGGCGGUGCCCCGCUGCAAGCCCUUGCGGCACGCCUACGAGAAGGAGAUCGUCCUCUACGCCUACUUCGAGGGGCUGGACUACGUGAGCACCGAGUGCCUCUACGCGCCCCACGCCUACCGGGGCCACGCCCGAGCCCUCCUCAAGGAGCUGGAGGCCACGCGGGCCAGCUCCGUGGCCGCCUUGGGCCACUCGGGCCGCCGCUUGGCCGUGGGGGCCCACGUGGCCACCAAGGCGUUGGGGGCUUGCGCCCGGUGCGGCUACGCCGCCAGCCAACCGCUGUGCAAGGCCUGCGUCCUCCUGGCCUCCCUCAACCGUGGGCUACCUCGUGUGGGGCUGGGCAAGCGGGCCCUGGGGCUGGCCGGCGGGGUUGACGGCCGUGGGGCUGGUGACCGCGGGGAUGGUGGCUGCGUGGGGAGCGAGCAAGGGGCUGAUGGCCACGGGGCUUGGAGCCGUGGGGCCGGUGGCCGUGGGGUUAACGGCCACGAGGAUGGGAGCGACUGGGUUGGUAGCUGUGGGGCUAGUGACCGUGGGGCUGGUGGCCGUGGGGCUAGUGACCCUGGGGCUGGUGGCCAUGGGAGAUGUUGCUGUGGGGCUCGUGGCCAUGAAGCUGGUGGCCAUGGGGCUGGUGGCCAUGGGACAUGUUGCCAUGGAGCUGGUGACCAUGAAGCUGGUAGCCAUGGCGCUAAUGACCAUGAGGCUGGUGACCGUGGAACUGGUAGCCAUGGGGCUAGUAACCAUGGGACAUGUUGCCAUGGGGCUGGUGGCCAUGGGGCUGGUGGCCAUGGAGCUGGUGACCAUGGGACAUGUUGCCAUGGGGCUGGCGACCAUGGGGCUGGUGACCAUGGGGCUGGUGACCAUGGGGCUGGUGGCCAUGGGACAUGUUGCCAUGGGGCUGGUGGCCACGGGGCUGGUGGCCACGGGGCUGGUGACCAUGGGACAUGCUGCCAUGGGGCUGGUGGCCACGGGGCUGGUGGCCACGGGGCUGGUGACCAUGGGACAUGCUGCCAUGGGGCUGGUGGCCACGGGGCUGGUGGCCAUGGGGCUGGUGGCCAUGGGAGAUGUUGCCACGGGGCUGGUGACCAUGGGGCUGGUGGCCAUGGGGCUGGUGACCAUGGGACAUGUUGCCAUGGGGCUGGUGGCCACGGGGCUGGUGGCCAUGGAGCUGGUGACCAUGGGACAUGUUGCCAUGGGGCUGGUGACCAUGGGGCUCGUGGCCAUGGGGCUGGUGACCAUGGGACAUGUUGCCACGGGGCUGGUGGCCACGGGGCUGGUGGCCAUGGGGCUGGUGACCAUGGGACAUGUUGCCAUGGGGCUGGUGGCCAUGGAGCUGGUGGCCACGGGGCUGGUGGCCAUGGGACAUGUUGCCACGGGGCUGGUGACCAUGGGGCUCGUGGCCAUGGGGCUGGUGACCAUGGGACAUGUUGCCAUGGGGCUGGUGGCCACGGGGCUGGUGGCCAUGGAGCUGGUGGCCAUGGGACAUGUUGCCAUGGGGCUGGUGACCAUGGGGCUGGUGGCCAUGGAGCUGGUGGCCAUGGGACAUGUUGCCAUGGGGCUGGUGGCCAUGGGGCUGGUGGCCACGGGGCUGGUGGCCAUGGGACAUGCUGCCACGGGGCUGGUGGCCAUGGGGCUGGUGGCCACGGGGCUGGUGGCCGUGGGUCCGGUGGCCCCGGGGCCAGCCGGGGGGGGGAGGAGGAGGUGGUGGAGGUGGAGGUGGUGGGUCGCGGGGGGCGGGUGCAGCGGCGGCGGGUGCUGGGGCUGGGCCGGGCCCGGGGCGCCCUCAACAUCUGGGACUUCUAG